UGGUGUUCCACGAAAUGCUCCAGAACUUUAUAUUUAAUUAUAUAGAUUGCCCUGGCAUUCAAAGUAAAAAUGCUGGUAAAGUAUCAACUUGUGCAGGUUGCCCUAAUCAAUCUGUUUGUUCAUUAUCUUCAACAAAAUUAGCAAAUCCUGAAAUUGUACUAGUGCACAAAAGAUUAUCUUUAGUAAAAUAUAAAAUUAUAAUAUUAUCAGGCAAAGGUGGUGUUGGAAAGAGUACAAUUACAUCACUCAUAUCAAGAACAAUUGCUUCAGAAAACGAAAACAAAAAUGUUGCAAUUUUGGAUAUUGAUAUUUGUGGUCCAUCACAACCAAGAGUUCUUGGAGCUCUUGGUGAGCAAGUACAUCAAAGUGCAUCAGGUUGGUCCCCAGUUUACAUAGAAGAUAAUUUAUCCUUGAUGUCCAUAGGAUUUCUUUUAAAUAAUUCAAGUGAUGCAAUUAUUUGGAGGGGACCUAAAAAAAAUGGCAUAAUAAAGCAAUUCUUAUCAGAAGUUGAUUGGGGUUCGUUGGACUAUUUAAUAUUAGAUACACCACCAGGAACUUCCGAUGAACAUAUGUCAGCAGCAACAUAUUUGAAAGAAGCAGAUAUAACUGGUGCAAUAAUUGUUACAACUCCACAAGAAGUUGCACUUAUUGAUGUUAGAAAGGAAAUAGACUUUUGUAAAAAAGUUAAUAUCCCUAUUCUUGGUUUAAUAGAAAAUAUGAAUAUCUUCAUCUGUCCAAAAUGCAAGAAUUCUGCAGAAAUAUUUCCAGCAUUAACAGGAGGCGCCAAACAAAUGUCAGAAGAUUUAAAUGUUGAACUUUUGGGAUGUUUACCUUUAGAUCCAUUAUUAGCAAGAUGCUGUGAUGAAGGAAAAAAUGCAUUAAUUGAAAUUCCAAAUUCGCCAGCAAUAUUAAUUUUAAAAACGAUAGUUCAAAGUAAUAACUUUCAACUAUAUAUUUUCCUAUUUUCUGUAUCAAGUCUGUAUAAGUUUAAUAAUAUAAAUUAUUUAAAAUUAUAUCAAGAAUAUUUCUAA